AUGCAGAAAAAGAAGCAGUUUCCUGGCAGGACGUGGCGUGAAAAUUCAUGGCAAUAUGAUCAAUAUCAUGCUCGAAGAGUAGCUAAUGUUGUAAUGGAUACUUACACCAAGCUACCUGCGAAAGGCAAACCACGCACCUCGAUUGAUCCAAACGACCCAAAUCCAAAAUUCGAAUGGACUGUGCUCUCUGCUAUUGUCAUCAGAUUCGGUCCCAUCUACUAUGUCGCUGGUCUAGGAUCCGGUACUGGAGUCCUGCCAAAGUCAUCUUACUCCAAGAAUGGUGAACUCGUACAUGAUAGCCAUGCAGAAGUCCUCGCUCGUAGAGCAUUCGUCAGAUACAUGUACAGGGAAAUGAAACUUGCCUUGAAGAAUGAAUCAAAGAUACUCAAACUUGCUCCUCUUGGCUCUCCAUACACAUUCGUGAUGCAUCGCUGGAUCUCUCUUCAUCUCUACUCUUCUCAGGCUCCUUGUGGCGAUUGCUCAACAGUAUCCUUGGAUCAAGCUCAGUCUGACGAAGCUCGUACUCUGAAUGAACAGAAAAGGGCAGAUCAUAAAGUCAAAACCAAGGGGAAGCAACCCGCUACGGUCGAUGAAACCGUAUCAGAACUCAACAAGCCUGACGCCAUGGGAUACGAACGAUCAUAUAGUGAUGACAACUCAUCAUCAUCAACCACCAUAAAGCCAGAUUUGAAUGCAAAAAAUGUGGACAACGCUCAAAACCAUGACACGUCAUCAACUGACGAUACAACUGCACCUCUCGCUCGCGGUCGUAUGGAUUAUCAACUAUUGGGUGCUUUACGAACAAAGCCUGGAAGGAACGAUGCGUCGCCAACAGAAAGCCUCUCUUGCAGUGACAAAAUUGCUCGAUGGAAUGUAUUAGGUUUGAACGGUGCCAUUCAAAGUAGUCUUGUUGCUCCGAUGUAUCUCUCCUCCAUCAUCAUCGGUGACUUGUUCCACCCACAAUCUCUUCAACGUGCCAUAUUCGAUCGUGUACAAGGAAUCACAGGUCUUCCAUCAUUCUACUUUGUACACCAACCAAGCUUCUUCCAUACAGAAGUUGAAUUCCCGUACUCUCGUAACACGGUGGAAUCAAAUGCAGCAAAGACACCUGGUGCAUCGAUCAAACCAUCACCAAAUGCUGUAGCAUAUUAUCCUCAAAUCAAUUACGUCAAACACAUCUUUUUUUCUACUCCAAUUGUUGAUGAGAUUGUCCAGGGCAGGAAGAUGGGCACGCCCAAACCCGAUAGAACUACCUAUAGAAUCAAACCUGAAUUCUCCCCAUUUGUUUCUCGUCUUCACAUGCUCAAGGCUCUACACGAAUUGUUGGAUGCUUUGCCAGAUUGGGUGGGUUCUGAUCAUUGUAUCUUACGCCGCCUAACACCUCAAACUACGUAUUUGGACUUGAAGCUCGUAAAAUCGGAUUACAAAAGCGCUAGGUCUUGUUUGAUUCAACAAAAGUUCCCAAGUUGGCUGGUGUCUGAUCGUGAACUCUAUCGAUUCUACAAGAAUGGUGAUCGACCAACGGUCAUUCCCAACUCUGAAAAUGGUGAUAGUACUGCUUUGAAUGACACAACUGGUGGUGAAGAUUCCUUGAUCAAGGAUGACUUAUUCGAUGCUGAAUGGGAAGAGGCACUACAAGAGAAGAAGGCGGAUCCCAGCUGCGUGGAUCAGAUGGAAAUGUAA